CGCCUUCCCGGGAUCGUCACUGCAGAGCAGGCUGCCUUGUAGGCGGACAGAAAUGGACUCAGAAAUCAAGGAAGAAAUUCCUCUGCAUGAGGAAUACAUUUUAUGUGGCGGAGUUGAAACCCAAGUUCUAAAAUGUGGGCCCUGGACUGACCUCUUUAAUGAUGAAAGUGCCCACAAGCCUAAGCUGCUUAUUUUCGUUAUUACUGGUAACCCAGGAUUUUCUGCCUUUUAUGCGCCAUUUGUAAAGGCUUUAUACUCUUCAAUAAACAGGCGCUUUCCGGUUUGGGUUAUCAGUCAUGCUGGGCAUGUUCUAGCCCCCAAAGACAAGAAGAUUCUUGCAGCCUCAGAUGAUCCAAAUGCUCAAGAAAUUGAGGACAUCUAUGGACUCCGUGGUCAAGUAGAACAUAAACUAGCUUUCCUGAGAACCCAUGUGCCAAAAGAAACGAAACUGGUGCUCAUUGGCCAUUCAGUAGGCUGCUAUAUUUCCCUUCAGAUUCUGAAGCACGCGCCUGAGCUCCCAAUAAUUCGCUCCAUUCUGCUCUUCCCAACAAUUGAGCGAAUGUCCGAGUCACCGAACGGCAGGAUCGCCACUCCGUUGUUGUGCUGGCUUCGAUAUGCUCUCUAUGCUUCUAGCUACUUACUGCUUAAACCAUGUCCGGAGACAGUCAAGUCCUGGUUUGUGAGAAUGAUCCUUCAGAGGAUGAACCUGCGGGGUGAAUUUUUGGUUCAGAAUGUGUUGGAACCUUUCUGCAUUGCUAAUGCUUUAUACCUUGGGGGCCAGGAAAUGAUGGACGUGGUGAAGAGAGACGACGAAAUCAUAAAGGAACAUUUAUCUAAGCUUAUAUUUUACUACGGAACUAGAGAUUCUUGGUGUCCAGUAGAGUACUAUGAAGACAUGAAGAACAGUUUCCCAGACGGAGAUAUUCGGCUCUGUGAGAAAAAUCUUCCUCAUGCUUUCGUCCUCCACUCUUACCAGGAAAUGGCUGGCAUGGUCGCCGACUGGCUGAAGGACGACCUGUCCAAAGUAGAAAUGACGACAUAAAGAAACGGGCUGACAGCUGGGAGGGACAUGGAGGCAGCAGGGUGCUGACUCCUAGUAGUGACUAGUAGACUUAGUAGAUAAGUGCUUAGCAAUGUUUGAUGUUGGAAGAGGGAAAAAAGUGAAAACCUUUUGGCUUAAAACUACCACCUUCUCGUGCUACAGGCCGAAGUAAACCCAGUGGAUGAAAUGCUCCAUAGGUUCCGCCACACUUUCCAAGACUCAGGGACACAGUGACCUAAGCAGGUGUCUGUCUGAUGCUUGCAUGAGGUGCCUGGGGCACCAUACCCUUUCCUCGGUAAGCAGGACCCUUGCAGACCAGAGGAGGUCUAAAUGUAGUGUAUUUCCUUGAGUCACAGUGUAGGAAGGCUGUCCUGGGGAUUAGGAAACAUGAGGCCAGGAAACGUCGGUGUACAGUGAGCUCGGAGGGGCAUCAGGUCAGGAGAAGGACACUCGUGUUCCAGCAGCAGGAGUGACGGGCAGUGCAUCUCGCCAGUGGACCUGAAUCGCCCUUAGGGACAGAGGGCGAAGAUCAGCCCAAACUAACUUCACAGAGGUCUUGGCUGAGACCGGCAGAAUCAGAUCCAGUACCCAGACAGCCCGCAGACCGAUGUCACAACACCAAGUCAACCGUUUGGCCACCAGGGCACAGCCAAGCAGCGCUGCCUCAGAGGCGGCACUGGCCGGCGUCCAUCUCUGAGAAGCUUUCUGGAGGAGUGUGACUUCCUGGUCUACGUGCAUUAGAGAACAGAGUUCACCGACAUCCCUCUGAUCCACACCGGACAGGAGCUGAAGGAUCCUCGCUGUGCCUCCCGCCACAAGACAGCCAGCGAGCCGCGUGCCGAGCCUCGGCCCGCCGGGCUGGGGGCUCCCUGCAGCCCUGCUCUCCUGGCGGAGCGGCCGUGCAGUUCCCAGUCGUCCUGGACCUGCCCUGUGCGCGCCCCGUCUGUGGAUGCUUCCCCACUGGAGUCCGUGGAGGGCCACGCAGUGAGCCUCAUCCGGCGCUAGGCGCUGUGGAUAGUCUGAGCUGUAUUGUGAUUGUUUUCUUCUGACAGUCUGCUAGUAAGUAAUUUUCCAGCGUGUCUUUAAUUGCUGAAUAGAGAAUUGCCAUAAAUGAUUGUUCUAUUUCUGCAUUAGCAUAUUAGUUGGAGAGAAAUCAUUUUGCUAAUGAACCAAAACAAGUCAUUCCAUUAUGUAGACUGAUCUUCUCAGGACACCUUGAGAUCCAGUAGAGAAGCAGCCGUUCCCUGGCCGGAUGAGCUAACAGUGCCGCUGCCUUCCCCAGACUGACAGCCCCGGGCCGGGCUGGUAAAUCCCACGGACCUGAGAAACAUGCACUCUCCUGCAGCAGUGCCUCGGGCUUACGGACAUGGGGUAUUGGCCUUCCUGUAAAACCUAAAGCCCGCUGGCGACAGGUUCAGCCCUGAUAGGCUGCCAACCCCGCGGUGAGCUGAGCACGUUGCUUGCAGGCAGGGCUUCUGCGUCAGAGCAGUACUUUGGAGGGAAAGAUCCAAGCUCCAGGCAAGGAGCGCUCUUGGCCAGAGGGGAGCCAGUCCGCACAUGGCCCUCGGCACAGGCCUGCACCCUGUUGCUCUGGCAUCCGCGCGGGUAGGCCUAGAAAUCGGUGCUGGCAGCUGGACCCACGGCUGGCGGGCCUCGUGCAGGAGAGGCUCAGUGUACCAACUCGCGCACUUGGGCCGGUCCAGGGCGAAUCAUGCUACUGAAAUCAAGACUAACGUCCCCAGCGUUUCUGUGUUAUUUUACAACAUCAUUCCAUGUUUCAAAAGUCCACGUAUAUAAAAUUAUACCAUUUUGUUUUUCAGAGCUUAAAAAUAUGGUAAAAAAUAAAAUAUUGCUGGCUCUUAUUUCCUGUUUACCA